CGAAUUACGAUUACGAAAAAAAAUUUUCAAUUACGACGCAACUCUGAUCAUCAGAAAAUCCAACACAAGAACAAAUUAAUUUAGAAAAAAUGUUACAAAUUCUUAAAAAUCCAACAAAAUUUAAUAUUUCAUCAAAUGAUACCUCCUCUGCUGAUGAAUUGGAAAUUAAAAAAACAAAUUUAGAAACAAAACAAACAGAAAAUGAACAAAAAGUUAAUUAA